ACCAGAUACCACAAAACCUCUGCAAACUUGGGGACAAAACCCUCCCCAUUUCUCGCUGGACGCCUGGACCAAGGAGGCGAGCAAAAUCGACCCCCAUUUCCCCCAAAUUUCACCGCCAGAUUCGGUGCUGCCUGGACCGGUUUCCUCUGCAUCUUUGGAGGAUUUAUUUACAAGGGGCGGGCGAUUCAGAGCGCAAUCCCAUUGGCUUCUCCCCCUAGUUCUUCCAUCCGAUUUCACGAUUCAGGGCGCAAUCCCUUGGCUUCUCCCCCCAGUUCUUUCAUCCGAUUUCGCUAUUUUUUGCUGGCUGAAUCGUGCAAGCAGUGUCGGCGAGCCAUGGGCGGAAGUGAAGAUGGGGGAUCGUGCAAUCUGCUCCAGGUUCUUUUCGAGGGGGCUGCAGCUGGAGGAGCUGCUGGUGUGGUCGUCGAAACAGCUUUAUACCCCAUUGAUACAAUAAAGACCAGGCUUCAGGCUGCACAAGGUGGAAAUAAAAUUCAAUGGAAAGGCCUGUAUGCUGGGUUAGGUGGAAAUAUCGUGGGUGUUCUUCCUGCUUCUGCAAUAUUUGUGGGCGUAUAUGAACCAGCUAAAAGAAAACUACUGGAAAUGUUUCCUGAAAAUUUGAGUGCUAUUGCUCAUCUGACUGCAGGGGCAAUUGGUGGGGCUGCUUCUUCUCUUAUUCGCGUUCCCACGGAGGUGGUUAAACAAAGAAUGCAAAUGAGUCAAUUCAAGACUGCACCUGAUGCUGUUCGCCUUAUUGUUGCUAAAGAAGGAAUCAAGGGUCUUUAUGCUGGCUAUGGCUCCUUUCUACUGCGAGAUCUACCAUUUGAUGCUAUUCAAUUUUGCAUAUAUGAGCAGCUCCGAAUUGGCUAUCGAUUAGCGGCAAAGAGGGACUUGAAAGAUGCAGAAAAUGCUAUUAUUGGUGCUUUUGCUGGUGCCUUUACUGGCGCUUUAACAACGCCCCUAGAUGUCAUGAAGACAAGAUUGAUGAUUCAGGGACAGGCAAGCCAAUAUAGAGGAUUUAUAGACUGUGCUCAAACUAUUCUGCGAGAGGAAGGGGCUGGCGCUUUCUUGAAGGGUAUUGAGCCCAGGGUGUUGUGGAUCGGCAUCGGCGGAUCGAUCUUCUUCGGCGUUCUGGAGAAAACGAAAUCGAUUCUGGCCGAGAGGACCAACCGCAGUGAUGCUAAGCUCAAACUUUAAAAGAUGGAGUCUCUUUGCAUCAUGAACGUUUCCUAGGGCCCGUGGCUGAUGCCCCGUGCCUGGCCAAACUUUGGCGCUCCAGUUCACAUUCAGUUCUGUUCCAUUUGAGCAAAGUCAUCGAUUCGUUUCGCUUGGCAGUUUUUGCCUUUCCUAUGUUCCUCUGUCACUUUGCCCGCCGUCGUACCGAGAUGAGAAAGACAUGACUGCCAUGGAACUCGACGGAGACCUCUCCAGUUGGCAUCUGCAAGCUCUCCCUCUCUUAUCUACCAAUUAGCAAUGCUACGGACAGGAUUUUUUUUAGAUAAAGGAUAAAACCUGACCUAUAUUCACAUGGUGAAUAUAUACAGGCUAUGUUACAAAAAGAUCUCUCUUGCUCCCUCCGUUCCCGUUCCAAAUUGUAGGUCGUUAAAACGACCUACAAUUUGGAACGGAGGGAGUAUCAACCAAUUAGCAAUGCCACGGACAUGUUUUAUUUAGAUUUUUUUUUUGCGAGCAGGAUUUUUUUGGAUAAAGGAUGGGAGAGGGGGCGGCAUCCGUGGAUGGUGACAUCCUCGGCACCUCCGAUGUAAAGCUUAGGCGGAUGGUUAGGUGUAAACAAACUACAUUAUACUCACCGGCCCAUCCGGCAUGCACACCGGCGUUGGAACUCCCCACA